AUCAGCUUGACGUCAGUAAAGAAGACAUUACCUCUAUAAAUAAGAGAGAAAGAAGUCUAUAGGUGGAAGAAAGUGACCAGCAUUCCCAAGAGAGCACAAUAUUAGAUUGUUUCGCCGGCUAAUCAUUUAAAUAUGCCGAAUUCAAACAGCUCCACAUCUUCCACAAAGAGCAUCCGAAGAGCCGCGUCUGAACUCGAGCGCUCCGAUUCUAUUACGUCUCCAAAGUUUGUGGGAAGGCGGCAGAGUUUGAUCGAGGACGCGCGUAAGGAGCGCGAGGCGGCGGCCGCGGCGGCGGAGGCUGCGGGACUGAGCGAGCAGAUCGUGUUCGAGGAGAGCGAUGGAAAAGCGUUGCUCAGUCUGUUCUUCUCUCUGAGGAGUUCAAAGAGCCCGGCGCUGUCCCGCACUCUCAAGGUUUUUGAGACAUUUGAAGCCAAGAUCCAUCAUCUUGAGACCAGGCCCAGUCGAAAGCCCAAGGAUGGUUUGGAAGAUCUGGAAUAUUAUGUUCAGUGUGAGGUGCAUCUGUCAGAUGUGAGCACGCUGGUCAGCUCCCUAAAGAGAAGUGCAGAGGACGUCAAAACCACAAAAGAGGUUAAAUUUCAUUGGUUUCCCAGAAAAAUUGCUGAACUGGAUAAGUGCCAUCAUCUUGUCAGCAAAUUUGAUCCAGACCUGGAUCCAGAUCAUCCAGGCUUUACUGACCCUGUUUACCAAAAGCGACGGAAGAUGAUUGGAGACAUUGCCUUUAAAUACAAACACGGUGAGCCGAUUCCUCGAGUGGAAUACAUGGAAGAGGAGAUCGGAACAUGGCGUGAGGUUUACUCAACCCUGAGAGAUCUGUACAAGACUCAUGCCUGUAGUGAACAUUUAGAGGCCUUCCAGUUACUGGAGAAGCACUGUGGCUACAGCCCCGAUAACAUCCCUCAACUAGAGGACGUGUCCCGCUUCCUAAAAGAGCGCACAGGAUUUCAGCUGAGGCCGGUGGCAGGACUCCUCUCGGCACGAGACUUUUUGGCCAGUCUGGCUUUCCGUGUGUUCCAGUGCACACAGUACAUUCGUCAUGCGUCCUCUCCGAUGCACUCCCCUGAACCCGACUGUGUCCAUGAACUUCUUGGUCAUGUACCUAUUCUGGCUGACAGAACAUUUGCACAGUUUUCCCAGAGUAUUGGUCUGGCCUCUCUUGGAGCCUCUGACGAAGAUAUUGAGAAAUUGUCAACACUUUAUUGGUUCACAGUGGAGUUUGGAUUGUGUAAGCAGGCAGGGACAAUCAAAGCGUAUGGAGCAGGACUACUGUCUUCUUACGGCGAGCUGGUGCAUUCACUCUCAGACGAGCCAGAGAGACGUGAGUUUGAUCCAGACAUCGUAGCUGUUCAGCCAUACCAAGACCAGACUUACCAACCAGUCUAUUUUGUGUCCGAAAGCUUCUCUGAUGCCACAGAGAAACUGAGAACAUAUGUGACACGCAUCAAGAGACCAUUUUCUGUGCGGUUUGACCCGUACACAGACAGCAUAGAAGUACUGGACAACCCGUUGAAGGUCAAGUUAGGACUGGAGUCCAUUAAAGAUGAACUGAAGAUACUCACAGACGCCCUGAAUGUGCUGGCUUGAUUUUGCCAUGAUGAUCCAAUCAGCUGUCUCAUUUCCUCCAUGCUUCAUGUGUGACAGUUUCAUCAUUGUGCUGUGUGUCUACAUCCACAUCUGCUGCUACAGAUGCUGUUGCUUUUAAAAAGUGGCAACUCAAAACCUCACAUCGGAACUUGAUUCCAAAAACCGUAAUAGAUAACUCUGUGAAAAAAAAAAAAAAAAAUGAAAUUGUGUCAAUAUGACUUUUAUUUUUAUUUUUUAAUGGAACGGUAACACUUUACAAUAAAGUUCCAUUUGUUAACAUUAGUUUACAGCAUUAGUUAACAGAAAUAACAGUGAACAAUACUUUUACAGCAUUUCUGAAUCUUGUUUAAUGUUAAUUUCAAAAUAUACUAAUACCUACAUUUUUCAAAUCAAAAGUUGUAUAUGUUAACAUUAGUAAAUACACUAUGAACUAACAAAGAACAAUUGUAUUUUUAUGAACUAACAUCAGUGAAGAUUAAUAAAUGCUGUAAAACAAAAAUUAUUGUCCAUUGUUUGUUCAUGAUACCUAAUGCAUUAACUAUUGUUAAAGAAUAGAACCUUAUGUAAAGUGUAACCAAUAGAACAUAUGAAGUGUAAAUCAAAGUUAUUAAAGAUAAUGAUGCUAAAAGCUAUAUUUAUGAAGUAUCUCCAUAUAAAGUAGUACAACUAUAUUAAAUUAAUAAAAUAUGUACAGUAUAUCAUCAAAUAUUUGUUAACAAUAUACAGUCUGAAUGUAUAAGUAUUCCAAAUAUAUUCCUAAACUAGUCCAUCAACAUGUUGACCUGAUGUAUUCUCCUACAGAUGUUACAAUAUUUUAUUAAUACUAAAAAUCUCAUCAUUCAUAAAAUAACACUGGCCUAUUUAUUGGUGCCUGCUUACACUCGUGUUUCUCCAGAAAAUAUUAAAAAUAUAAAAUAUGACUAAAGAGACUAUCUCUGCAAACAGCUGCCCUAAAAAGUGGAAAUAUAAUUUCUAUUAUUUAGGUGUAAAUAAAGUUAAAAUGCACAAAGAAUGUGUAGUGCAAAUUGCAUAUGUGAUAUUAGAAAGACAUCGAAUUGAGAGCAACUUAUCGUAUUUACAUUCUUCAUUUAGAUUUUUUUUUGAAAUAUAUCUCAA